ACGUGAGGAGCUCCUCCGCCAGCACCUCCUCCAUGGUUCCUCCUCAGAUCCGAACCUCCUCACGGAGGAAUCAAUGAGUCUCCCGGAGAGGCUCCCGCGCGCCCCUCUGGCCGCCCCCCCACCCGUCACGUGACUCCGCCACCGGCAGCGCAGAGAGGACGCAGAGGCUCGGCGCACACACGCCCGCACGCGGCCAGCCUGCUCCGCUCCGCCACACCGCCCCGCUCCUUUUUAAACGCGGUCCUCGCGCGCGGAAGCGUCUGGAGGUGGGAUCCUGUUCUCUGGUGGUAAACGUGUUCGAGCGUCGACUCCGAGCUCGACGGAGAAGAGAACAGUGAGAGGAAUAUUGCAACAGCAGCGCUAUUUCCAAAGGCCUGAAGGACGAGGAUGACUGGGAAGACCCAGACCAGCAACGUGACCAACAAGAAUGACCCGCGCUCCCUCAACUCCCGCGUUUUCAUCGGCAACCUCAACACGGCGGUGGUGGCCAAGGCCGACAUCGAGGCCAUCUUUGCCAAGUACGGCAAGAUCGUGGGCUGUUCGGUGCACAAGGGCUACGCCUUCGUCCAGUACGCCAACGAGAGGAACGCCCGCGCCGCCGUGGCCGGGGAGAACUCCAGAGUCAUCGCCGGACAGUCGCUAGACAUCAACAUGGCUGGUGAACCAAAACCUUACAGGCCGAAGAUCGUCUCCAAGAGGCCGCUCUCCUCCCUCUACAGCGGCUACGAGUUUGACUUCGACUACUACAGAGAGGAUUUCUACAGCAGACUCUUGGAGUACCACGGGCGGGUGGUGCCGCCAAGCCGCGCCGUCAUCCCCAUCAAACGUUCCCGCCUGCUCAUCCCCUCCACACGCAGAGCCAAGUCCUCCUUCCCGCUCAGGGGCUGCUCCUCCUCUUCCUCCUCCUCCUCCUCAUCCUCUCGAGCGCUCAACAUCGGCUCCUCCAUCACAGUCCCAAAAUUAAAGACAGACCAGCUCCUCACCAUCAAGAAGGAGCUGUCCCAGAUCAAGACCAAGAUCGACUCUCUGCUGGGACGGCUGGACAGGAUCGAGAAGCAGCAUCGCUGUGAUGCUGUUUGUCUGUUUCUGUCAGAGAGGAAACAGGAGGAGGUGUGCGAGCGUCUCCACGGUGACGCAGAUCACUCUGGAGGAGACGAGGUGAGGGGGGCUGGCGAGGUGGAGGCGGGGGAGAUGACUGACGGCGGCGAAGACGACUUUGAUGAUGAAGGCACCGACGACAUGAUAGAUAACCACAUAUCAGACAUCGACAACUGAAUGAGUUGGAGCUGGAGGGAAUCAGAGAGAAGAAGAAGUUGUGCCGCCGGAUGCAAACCGAGCGUCUGGAUCCCGGAGACAGAAGCAGCAGCUGACAGAGGAGGAAGCUUCAGCCUCGAGCUCUUCCGCUUCAUCUCAGCUGGACAUUUUCUAGACAGAAAAAUCCCCGAAAGCAAAAAGAUCCCAGAACGAACAGAAAACUACGGACAGCGCAGCGAAUGGCGUAUUUAAUCCAAUCUGGUCUGUAUCGUGCAUCAAACUCCAGCUCUGUAUUUUAAUGUGUUUCUCUUUCUGUGCACUGAAACGGUGAGGAAGCUGGAAGCAGCAGACACUGAAACAUGAAUGUUUCAUUUGCUUCCUGUGAUUUCUUGGUGUUUUUGGAGGAAAUGUUCUGCACUGCGAGGUUGUUUGAACUCAGUUUGUACUUUGAAAUCCUGACCUUCUGUUCUGAUGACGUUUUCUUCCUGGCAGCAUGACUGACAUGUGAACGCUGUAACCCUUCGUUUGUUGCAUUGGUUGUACAGUGAAGUUUUGACAUAAAUUUACUCUAAAAGUUCCA